AUGGCUGAGAUCCUAGGUGUCGUCUCGGGAGCACUGGGCCUCCUACCGGUAAUGGUUGAAGUCAUUCGAGGUUUCCAGGCUGUGCGAAAAGGGCUGAUCCAAGAGACAAGAUUCCUGAACGAAUGCGAGCUCCUCUUGUGUCUGGUGGUAACCGGUGAGGAGGCCCACAAUAUCAUGAAGGACACCGGCCAUCAGAAAUGGACAGAAGAUGCACUGGACGUCAUGCUGGAAGAAAGCCUGGAACGAAGCUAUUCAGCAUGCAGCACGGUGGUAACAAUGAUGCGAGAGGCCCAACAGGAGAUCAGCACAGAGCCUCGGGCUUUCGACGUGGUACAUACCGACCGGGGAGAGAACGAAUCUCUCCGGGCUACAUUCAGGAGGCUGCGUAAGUCCUUGAAGGUUGCCUUUGAAAAGUCGAAAUACGAGCAGAUGGUCGACCGCCUCAGGAGGGGCAACGAGGACCUCGAGUCGCUGAAACAGCAGAUUUACGAGUUUCGGAAAGGCUCGGUUCGCGAUUCAAUAUCCAUGUCCAGCAGGAAGGCGUUGCCGGAGGCCAUCAAAGAAGUCCGGGAAAUAUCCAAGGAAGUAUACGGUGUGCUCUUGGUGGGGUCCUUCUCCUGCAAAGAACCCGCCCAUAUAGAGCAUUUAGCGGCCUUGAGCAUAGAAACCGAAGCGGGCCCCAACAAUGCCCUUGGAAUGGUUCUUUCAUACUUGGCUGAUAACGAGAGGUACGUUCGCCGCCUGAUCUAUUACCUGGAGAAACAACGCUCAUCCGCGCAAGCCUUGGCCAAGAAACGACUCUCCGACUAA